CCACCAAUAGGGCUGAGAACACUUAUUACCUAGGCCCAUCAGCAUCCUUGGCAUAGCAGAGCGUCUGUGCUCAAGGACCCUGGAGUACAGGCUCAUUGCCAUGGGGAUGUGUGGGAGGUGUCACCUCCUCAACUCAUUCCCACCCCAGCCAGACUCUCAGCACUGAGCAGAGAGAUUGGGUGUUUUGUUUAGACCCUGCACUUCCAGCCUCCCACCAGCAGGGAAGUAGAGCUCCUGCCUUCUCCUGUGCUGCCCCCUGCUGGCUGACUGCCCCUUGCCUCUCUCUGACCAGCUCCCUGCAGAGAGGUAGCAGGGGAGUUUGAGAGGGGGAGGAGGUACCUAGAGCGCCGUCCUCUGUCUGAAGCCAAACAUGGGAAAAGCUUCCCAGGUAUUAGAGGCGCCCUCUGGAAUGGAUGAGGCCGUGCAAACUUCAGAAACCAAUCAUUGGCACCUGGCACACUCUGGGAAGGAAUCCAUCUCUGUCACUCUGCACAGUGCCAGCAACCUGCCAGCCACCCAGAAGGGCAAUGUGCCAUGGCCCUAUGUCACUGUUAAAAGCAGCUCGGAUGUUGAAAAGAAAAGGGAAGCCCAGGGGGUGACUCAUGUGUCCUCUGAGCCUACACACUCUCCAACCUGGGAGGAGAAGGUGACUGUGGAAAUUGAUGCAGAAGAUGCAGGCCAUGAAGCUGUGAUCCUGACUGUGGCCAACAAAAUCACCAAGGAGGUGCUAGUGAGCUACAAGAUUCCUGUGAGGUACCUCCGAUUGUUCCACCACUACCACUUGAGACUGGUGCUGUCUGGCACUCAGUCCAUCCUGUGGUUUUGUCUCCUCCUCAAACAGCCGAGGAAGAAGGACCCCUUGGGGACAAGUCUGUAUGCUACAGUUGUUCGUAAAGGCAGCCUCAUCCCGCGUUAUGUUGGAAUGAAUUACACUGGCUUGGAGGUUUUCCUCCAGGGAAUGAAGAAUCCUCUAGCAGAUCCCCAAGGUCCUAUCAUAGCCAUUGCCAGAGUGGUGAACAACUUUAAUGCAUACAGAAAAGCCAUGAAGAUGCGGCCCUCUACCUCUCCUGCGGCUGAUUUAACCACUGUCAUGUUUCCAGACCCCUCCAUGGUGGCAUUCGAUGUUCUCCGAGUCACCAACCAAGGAUAUCCCCAGGUCACCCAACCUGGUGGACCCCCAGAGAAACCAACCUGGAACUCCUCCUUCCUCUUCCAAGGCAGGGAUGGGGCCACCCUCUUCUCAGACGAUAGCAGCCUGGUGAUCGAAUACUAUCCGUACAAAACAAUGUCAGAAACAGAAGCUGAGAACAAGUCAAAGCCUUUGGGUUACUCCGUGUUGCCCCUAACCAACCGUGUGUAUCGGAGUCUUGUGGCAGAGAGCAACCGGAGUGGGGUUCGUGUGGAUGAUGUUCCAGUCCAGGGCACUAAUCUGAGAACCACAUCUGGUGCUGUUCCAACCGUUCAACUCUGCAUGCAGCUGAUCGGCUCAGAGAGACCGGAUAUGUUUCUCACACUGUCCAUCACUGACACUCUUCCUAACCUGGAUCCCAAACUCCUGGGGAAGAUUGGGGCGAUCAGAGAGCCCUGGGCACAAUCUUCCUCUCUUGUACCAUAUGCUUCCGUCAAAGGGGACAAAUCAAAGUUAGCACUUCAGCCCCCGGACGAGGUGGCCCCCAUUGAGCUCGAACGCAAAAAGUCCCAUGUCAAUCUGUUGUUGCUUAACCAAGAUAAUGACAUCUCCCUCCCACCCCAUGAGGCUGUAGCUGAGAUUCUGCCAGAUAAGCAAAUGCUCCUAUAUGAACAGGCAGCAGCAGACAGUGAUGUGGAUGAUGCGGACAUGCUCAGAAGAACCCAGGAUGUGACCAGGUUCCAUCUGGAUCAGCAGGAGCUAGAAAAUUACCGUACGGCCAUGAAGAAGAUGGCGGACGAUAUCCUGUCUCUGCGCAGGCAUGUUGCCAGCCUGGAGGCAGAGAACAGCACCCUGCGCCGCAACCUGAGCAUGCAUGAGGAAGUGGGCCGCACACUGCUGAACGAUGUGGACGUGGAUGUCAUGACCAAGGUGGAGAUAGUCGACAGGAUAGUGGCCCUCAAGCACAAACUGGCUACUGGGACAGUGGAAAUGAGCAGGAUGAAGGACCGGGUGCAACAGCUGCAGAAUGAUCUGAUCCGGAAGAAUGACCGGGAGAAGGACCUGGUGAUGCUGCAACGAGCCCAUCAGCAACAGCAGACAGUGCUGAGGAAGUACCAGGAGAAAAUCACCAAGAUGAAAGCCCUGGAGGAUACUGUACGGCAGCAAGAGAGGGUGAUUGAGAAGAUGGAGCACAUGCUGGAGGAGAAGGUGCCAGAGGCUGCUAGGACCUGUGAGCAACUGUUGGCUGAUAGCUUCUCCAAGGAGUUCUACUCCACCCUGUUAGCUGAGAACAUGAGACUGCGGGAGGAGCUGAGCAGAGCCCACUACCGCUCUUCCCCCAUCAUUCUGCAGCAGCAAGCCUUGCCGGACAUGUUCUCCACCAACUCAGAGAAGCUGUCUUUGCUGGCCAAGGUGGAGAAGGCGCAAGGUCGCAUUCGUGUCCUGGAAAGCCAGCUGGAGGAGUCUGCGAGGAAAUGGGGGCGGGAGAAGCAGGACCUCAGCACCCGGCUCCUGGAGCAAGAGCACGGCUUUGGGCGGUCGCCCAGCACCAUCCUGCAUGAUUUCUCAUUGGUCAGUGACAUGCCUGCUGUGCCGGCCAACCCACAAGCUGGGCUCUUCCAGCUACAGUCCGAUUCGUCCCAUACUCAGCUAUUCAGCUGCUCACCGUCCUGCCAUGGCCACUGUCCAUCUGGUUGGUGUAAGAGCCACGUUACUGGUCUCUAAAAAUGUCCAUCUAGUUUUCCUUAGCCAAAGAUUGAUGGCCGGGACAGGGGACCAUGUAAGGGCUCAGCACUCUGUCUAGGGCACAGAAGUUGCUCAAGGAACCUCCCCUCCCCACAAGCAUAUCCAGGCUGAAAGUCUCUUUGGUUUCUGCUAAUAUACUGUCAACAGACCCCGGUCGUUGGCCCGUGGGAUUGAACCAGAGACCUCUAGAGCUUAGUGUAUGAGCCUCUACCACAUGAGCUAAAAGCCAGCUGGCUCUUAGUGAAGGCUGUAGAGCAGAUUCAUUUUAUAUCUCCCUCUAAGUGUUCUCAAUGCCACUAGAUGGGACAGAACACCACACCCAGGAGGUGUGUGGGUUACACUAGCUCAGUAUCACACCCCUUCCACACACUCCCAGAAGGGGAGGGGGGAAGAGGAGAACCAGGCAGAGCAAGCCAAGGUGGAAGACGAGCAGGAAAGAGAGUGGAUCCUCAUAGCCAGCCAGUCCGCUGCUGGGGGAAGGACUGUUGGGUUGACUCCACCCAUCUGCACCACAGAGGCAGCUCAUUGGUCUAAAUUUUGGUGCCUGAACAGCUGGUCACAACAAAUUUCUGAGUCACCUGUGUCCCUGUAGUGUGUAGGGUUGGGACAGAGCUACUCUCCAUUAUCUGACCCGCCCAUGUGCUCUCUGGACUGCAGCAGUCUCUUUUAGCCUACACACACACACACUCUCUCUCUCUCUCUCU